AUGAAAGAAAAUUUACCAAGUUUAGCACAAAUAUUAAUAGUAGCUCGUCUAAUUGGUAAACGUGAAUUUGUUUUAAGUCGAAAUGGUACAAAAAAAUUUUAUAAUAAAAUACGACAAUAUCAAGAAUUAUCACAACUUGAAAAAUCAGACGAUGUUAAUUAUGGUUCACGUAUUGGUAAAUCAGCAGAAAUUUUAUGUAAACUUGCUGGAACUAGUCAAAUUGUUAAAAUUGCAAUCGAAAUAUUACACUUCAAAGCAUUCAUAACAACAAUAUCACGCGCUAUUGUUCAUACGAAAUCUUAUCCAUCCAAUGAUGUUCUAAAUGAUCCAAUAAAACGAAGUGUUAUUGAUCGAAUUUUUACUGAUAUGAAAAUGGAUUUACAAAGUUAUAUGACAAUAUUGAGCAAUUCUAUUAUAAAGCAAAAACAAGUAUUAACAGUGAUUGGAAAACAAAUUUUAACGUUGCCGGAACACCAACUUCUAUAUGAAAAUUUAAAACGAAAAUAUCCAGAACGUAAUCUGGAUAGUAGUUAUGCAUCAAAUGAUGUUGACACUGUUACAAUGGCAAAUAAUCAGCCAUUGCGUAAUGAAACAACAAGUAAUCAAUCAACAAAUAUUCAAUCUACAACUAAUCAAGACACAGUAACCAUCGUAUCUGAUGAAAUACUGCCUCAUCAUAAUGAUGAACAGACAUAUAAUCCUUUAAAUCAAUUACUUGAACAAUUACAUGCAAAUUCUUCAGUUGAACAAUCCAACAACAUGUCGUCUUCAAAUAAUAUUAUUCACACAUCACCUAUACACAUUGUUCCUGAUAAUUCAACGAACCAUCAAGUCUCAAAUAUUUAUGAUGCUAUUAAUAUACGAAACCAUGAACAAAGUUUAUCUAUUCGCGAAAAUACAGUAUCUGCAUUAAAUCUAGAAAAAUCUUCUGAUAUCAAUGACUAUCCAUUGAAUCUUACACAAACUAAUUUCACAGAACAGAUAUCUGAUAUGAAUAAUUCCGAACCAACAUCUUCAAACAUAAAACACCAUAUUAAUACUCAUUCUCGUCAUAUUCAACGUAAUAAACGAAAUACUUGUGACAAGGAAUCUGUCAAACAUAAAAAAACUUAUAAAAAAACAAAAUAG